AUGGUGGCUCCGUCGUUGGACGAAGAAACAGCCAAGAAAGUCAUUCGACAGGUCGAGUUCUACUUCAGUGAUAGCAAUCUUCCUAGGGAUAAGUUUCUCAGCAACACACUUAGUGAGAGUCAAGAUGGCAUGGUUAAAGAUGUUGCAGAAGAUACAGUGAAAGCUGUGGCUGAAAUUUUAAGGACAUCUUCAUUCCUGAAAGUUUCUGAAAAUGGGAAGAAGGUUGGUAGGGCUACAGAACUUUUAAAGCCAGAGGAGAUAAUAGAGCAAUUAGAGGUGAAAACAAUAGCUGCUUCGCCACUGGAGUAUGAUGUGAAGCUUGAAGAUGUAGAGUCUUUCUUUUGUCAGUUUGGGAAGGUUAAUAGUGUGAGGCUGCCUCGUCAUGUUGUAGACAAAAGGUUAUUCUGUGGCACUGCUCUGGUUGAGUUCUCUACUGAGGAAGAUGCUGAAAAUAUUUUGAAGCAGAGCUUGGAUUAUGCAGGUGUCAGAUUAGAGGUGAAACCAAAGAAGGAAUUUGAUGCAGAAAGAGCAAAGCAAACCAAAGAAGUUGAGAAUUCUCGGUCCCUGGUAGCUUCGAAUCGUAAAAACAAUUCCAAUGCAGAAGCAAAUUAUCCCAAAGGCUUAAUUGUUGCAUUUAAGUUGAAGAGGAUCUCAGCUGAAGGUUCUGCAGAACAAAAUGAUUGUGAUGACGUAGAUGGUUGCAAAUCAGAUGGAGAACCAGAUUCCACCGCAAAUGUUGCCCAAGAAACUGAACAAAAUGUAUCAGAAGAUGUUAAAGAUGAUGAAGAAAACCAUGCUGAGAAUCCCGAGGACAGUGAGGCAAAAGGUGAUGAGAAAUGUAGUUUGGAGACUGAAGGGAAGGAAACCGAGGAUCAAGAAAAAUCUUUUGACAAUUCCAUUCAAAAGGACGACCACGCAGCAGGUGAAGAAAAAUCAGCCACUGCAUCAUAUAAGGACAACGAAGACAUUGUUUUACGCGAGGAUCUGAAGGGUGUCUUCCAAAAGUUUGGCACCGUUAAGUAUAUUGAUUUCAAGUUUGGAUCAGAGUCUGGAUAUAUACGGUUUGAAGAUGCAGGAGGACCUCAGAAAGCACGUGCUGCUGCUGUUCUUGCUGAGGAAGGUGGUCUGGUUGUGAAAAAUUUCAUUGCAACUUUAGAUCCUGUCACUGGUGAGGCUGAGAGAGAGUACUGGAGUCUGCUCCGUUGUAAUCAGGAAAAACACUGGGACAACAAGGGAAACCGGGGGUGGGGAGGAAAGCAUAAUAGAGGCAGGAAGCAAUUUAAUGGGAAGCACUCACGCUCUAGGGAUAAUGAUCCUGUAAGUCGCCGCCCAAAUAAAGUUCAGAAAGUUGGAGCAGCAUAAUCCAUCAUACAACCUCCUCUUUACUUAAAUUGUCACCAAUUUUGUGCAGUUACUGCGGUCUCCUUUAUCUGGUUGUUGGGAUAACUAAGAAAUGAUAUGUGUUUCCUUUUAUUACCAUAGUAUAGUAUUUUUUAUUUUAUUUUAUUUUAUCUGAGUUUCUUAUCAUUUCUACUGUAUUGCGGAACCUAAGGUUCGGUCCAAGCCUACCACUGCACCAUGUUUCUGUCGUGGUGGGUAGGAGUGUCAAUUUUUGGCUGGACAUAUUGGUUUUAUAUGCUAUCUGCAUAUUUGUGAUUUUGAAAAUGACAUAAUUAAUUAAUACGGGAAUAGAUGG